UGCCCAAUCUCAUCCCGCACCGCGCCUCGCAGCCUACUGGCUACGCCACGACUCGGUCAGAUUGCCCAAGACCCUGCUCGAGCUCGCGUCGGUGGCACCAGAUCCCCACCGUGCUGAAUUGCUUGCGUCUCGCUUUAGCCUCCUUUCAGCGCUCCUCCUUGCUCAGCAAUUGUGGAUUUCGAUCGGAGUUUGUAGUUGGCGCUCGAGGAGGUGAUCAUGGGGUAGUUUGGAUGCGCGCGCGCAAGGAUGGUAGUGCGAGUUCGUAGUGGUGGUGAACGUGUGCCUGAAAGGCGAGGGCAUUGGGAAUUUUCGUCUGAAGGAGGAGGAGACUGGGUGAUCAGCGUGGCUCUUGUCCUAACUGUUGCGUAAAUUAAGCACUCGCAGUUCACCUGCAUGGCGUAGCCAAUUGAGAGCAUAUGGUGGGAAUCUUCUGUUGGGAGUGCGAUGGCGAAGUUCAAAGUGCACAUCGGCAAGAUUCCGCGCUCGAUUACAGCGCGGGAGCUCGUGGACGUGCUGGAGAGAGCUGUGGGUAAGGGGACAGUCACCGUGGUGGACAUAAAGACCGACCACCGAACCUGUGAGUCCAAGGGAUUUGGCUUCGUGACGUUUAACACCGAGAAGGCGGCGGAGAGAGCUGCCUUGCUUGGGGAGAAUGGCCACUUGGUUUUACUUAACAGCCGGCUCCAAGUGAGCAUUGCCGAUCGUGAGAUCAUUAAAAGGCCUCGCCAUUCCGCGACUACUUGGGAGGAUGUACUACAUCUACAUGAGUGUAAUAGUACGUUGAUAGUGGUGGGUGUGUUUUGUUCUCUGUCAGGGCAGAAAGACCUAUGCUCUAUGCUCUCUGAGACACUAGCGAGUUGGCAGUGGUCAUCAAGAUCCAAUGUGACUUCGGAUUUCAACUUCGACAACCAUAAAGUGCACUUUGUAUUUGAUGUAACGAACAAUUUAGAAAAGCGGCACUACAAAAUGGAGAGCAAUUUUGAAGAGCUUGAUGCUGUUAAGAUUGUUGCUGUGCGGGGAGCUUCUACAAGAGCCUUGUUGCUGCAGCUGAGAACUCCACCAUACCUUUAUGUGCAAAGAGCCAGUAAGUGUAGAUCCAGAGAAACUAUAUUAGACAUGAUUAUAGGUACACCAUCAUUGGAUCCUCACUAUGUCCACACCGAGGAAGAGGAGGGGUUGUGGGUUCGAACAGUUGAUUAUACGCCAAAAAGAAGCAUUGGCCAGUGUCUGAGUUAUUUACUGAAGAUUUCUAACACCAAGACCGGUGACGACAUGAACGAUCUGUUUAAAAAACUUGCAGAGUUUCAUUUGGCGGCAUAUCCCCCUGUAAUUCAACAAAUUUCUCUUCAGAAGGGUGCGCCAUUUGCCUCUUCUCAGGUUCUUGUGCCAAUUGUCGAUGCACCCCCAGAGAAGAAGGUCAACUUUGAGCUUAUGUUCCAGGUGAACCAGCUUCUGCAAACCUCGAAGCUAAUUGGUGAAACUCUUGACUCUCGCUUUUAUCAUUUGCUACAACCAGAUGUAACCCCCCACGAGCAAGCUAAAUUAGUUCUGGAGAGGCUGGGGAAAAGGGUUGGUCCUUGCUGGGACCCUGUGAAGGAGAUUCAGGAAGAGCUUGGGAACAUGAAAGAGACCUUGUCUUCUCCAAGAUCUGUUUCUAUCAAACUCGCUUCAGGCAUGACCUGGGUACGGAGGGUACUUGUAACUCCUACUAAAGUUUAUUGUACAGGGCCAGAGGUUGACACCUCUAACCGCGUCACAAGGCAGUUUGCUAGCCACUCGGAUCGUUUCAUGAGAAUGUCAUUUGUAGAUGAGAAUCUAGAGCCACUAUCGUCAGUGGCCCUGUCAGUGCCAAGAAGAGGAGGAGCUCAAGACGGGGUGGAUGCUGAAAGAUCACUUUUGUACAAUAGAGUCCUGAAAACGUUGAAGGAGGGCAUUGUAAUAGGAGACCACAAGUUUGAGUUUCUUGCCUUCUCUUCGAGCCAGUUAAGGGAGCACUCUGUUUGGAUGUUCGCGUCUUAUGCACAGCUUACAGCCACAAUGAUCAGGGCAUGGAUGGGAGACUUUCUCACUAUCCGCAAUGUGGCCAAGUGCGCUGCUCGGAUGGGACAAUGCUUCUCCUCCUCAAAACCAACUCUAGAAGUACCCGAGCAAGAGGUAGAGCAGAUUCCUGAUAUCGAGAGGGAAGAUGAGUUUGGUAUGUCCAAGUACUGUUUCUCGGAUGGCAUUGGGAAAAUUUCUAAAGAGUUUGCUAAAGAGGUUGCGAAGAGGCUCCAGAUGGAGGUUGUACCAUCCGCCUUCCAGAUACGUUAUGGAGGAUACAAGGGUGUGGUGGCAGUUGAUCCUCACUCUGAUUUCAAGAUUUCUCUUCGCCCUAGUAUGCGAAAGUUCGCUUCAAAACAUGUUGGACUUGAUAUUCUCGCCUCUUCCCGAUUUCUGCCGUCCUACUUAAAUCGGCAGAUCAUACUGCUUCUGUCUACACUUGGAAUAGAAGAUUCUGUGUUUGAGCAGAUGCAACAUCGUAUGGUCUCCGAGCUGAAUGAUAUGUUGAAGGAUGGGGAUGUUGCACGAGAUAUGCUGCAGAUCAAUCAUGCAGGAGAAAUGCAUACAAGAUUGAUAGAUAUGCUCGCAGCGGGUUAUCAACCUCAGACUGAACCCUUCGUUAAGAUGCUGCUAGAAGCGUUUCGAGCAUCUCAGCUCGUUGAUUUGCGCAAACGAUCCCGUAUCCUUGAACCGAAGGGGAGAGUCCUCAUGGGAUGCCUUGAUGAAACGAAAUCCCUCUCUUACGGUGAAAUAUUUUUGCAAGUCACUCCAGCUCUUGGUCGCAGGAAGGGUCUCAGAGAUGGGCUAGAAACCUUUGACAGCUAUCCUAUAGGUUCUGCGGCGAACCAGAAUAUCGCAUAUGUGGUGACUGGAUGGGUUAUUGUUGCGAAAAAUCCAUGUUUGCAUCCAGGUGAUAUUCGAAAACUCAAAGCUGUUGAUGGUCCUGGGCUCCGGCACAUGGUUGACUGCUUGGUUUUCCCGCAAAAGGGCCACAGACCACAUCCAAAUGAGUGCUCAGGAAGUGAUUUAGAUGGUGACCUAUAUUUCGUGAGCUGGGAUGAGGACCUGAUUCCACUCAAUACUGAUGAACCUAUGGAUUAUACUUCUCCAGGAGCCAUGACUCUGGAUCAUCACGUCACAAUUGAGGAAAUUCAAGAGUUUUUUGUGAAGUACAUGGUAACUGACAGCCUGGGUGUAAUCUCUAAUGCACAUGUCGUUAACGCUGACAUUGAGCCAGCGAUGGCACGCAGCACCGCCUGCCAAGAGCUUGCAAAGCUCGUAUCUCUUGCUGUUGAUUUCCCAAAAACAGGAGUUCCCGCGAUUAUUCCCCAGAACUUACGGCCAACCAAAUAUCCAGACUUUAUGGAAAAAGGCGACAAAGAGACCUAUAAAUCAGAACGCGUGCUUGGUAAACUCUUCCGGCAAGUGAAGGACGCGUCGUUAGAGAAGUUGCCUUGCGAGAUACCUAGAGAAGACAUUGAACGAGCAUUUGAUCCAGUAAUGGUUAUUACAGGUUACGAGGAAUUCAUUGAUAUGGCGAAAUUCCACAAAAACGAGUACGAUCGGAAGCUCAUUGGUCUGAUGAACCAAUAUGGGAUUGAAACCGAGGCCGAGGCUGUGAGCGGAUACAUGUUGAACUUGGCACGACAAUAUGUCAAGCGCCGAGAGGAUGUCGUAGAGAGGAUUCGGGAUGCAGUUAGAUCUUUGAUCAAUGAGGCGCGCCAACGGUUUGACGAGAACGCUGAUGAUAUGGUCGAUGAUGAUAUUUAUGCUAAAGCAUCGGCGUGGUACCAUGUCACGUACCAUCCUGAACACAUCAAGGUUUCUGCGACUGGUAGACGUGAGGUUCACUUGAUAAGCUUCCCUUGGGUGAUUUAUAAUGUGCUUCUUCAGAUCAAAAAAGCUGGUGGCCGUCCCUGCUAAUUAAAUUUUGGAGAAUCUCAAUUUUUUUGAGGAUUUUCUUUUGCUUGAGGAGAAUGUCAACUUGUACUUACCAAGACUGCUACACAGCGAGGAUUUCUGGGGAACUGCGAAAAAGUAUGAGGAGGCUCUUUAAACUGAUGGAGGCAGCACUAAUCUUGACUUAAUUAUGACCCAUUUUAAGAAGUCAUUGGAAGAUCAGUUUCUACAAUUGUAUUUAUAUCGAUACGCCAGUGAAACUCAACCCGAAGAGGAUUGGAAGAAGAAUGGGUAUCUUUUGGGUAGAAAUAUUUCGAUCUAGUGCUUAUCUUGAACUGUGACUUCCUGGAAGGCAGCUAAGGGAGUGGCUAAGCUAAAAUCUUUAUAUAGAAGUCGAAGAGAGGGACGACUUUUUGUGAAGCCCAAAUUUUUCAUCUUUUUCUGCAAUUCCUUUUUAACAACAGAUCGACUUUGUGGCAAUUGUGGUGAUUUGCAGGGUAACGGGUCUGCCCCAUAUAGCCUCUUAAACUGUCAUGAGUUGCAGUUAUAAAGCCAAGCAGGUGAGUAUGGGCUUGCCUAUAAAAGACAUGGAGAUGAAGACAGCCACCUGUAAAGUCAUAUUCCUUCAGGACGCGACCUCUUCAUCAGGAGGUCUCUCCUGUUCAUUAAAGUGGUGUAACACUUGAGAUUGUCCAUAUCUUGCAGUCUCCACUGUACUUCUUUUUCUGAGACUAUAGUUAAA